UCUCUUUCUCGUAACGUGUCAUAAACAGUGUCGUCCGGAUGGUAACAAUAAUCCUGAAUAAAAACCUGUUAAAUAAACAUAUAAUGAAACCGUAACAUUUUGUAAGUGCUUUCGUUUUGAAGAGGUGCAGAAACAAUGGAGCAGAAUAUUCAAAACCUUCCAAUCGACAUACAGACUAGCAAGCUUUUGGACUGGCUGCUGGAUCGUCGUCACUGUAAUCUGAAAUGGCAGAGUGCAGUGAAAGGUAUCAGAGAGAAGAUCAAUGCUGCCAUCCAGGACAUGCCAGAGAACGAGGAGAUCAAGCAGCUUCUCUCCGGCUCCUACAUUCACUACUUUCACUGCUUGAGGAUAGUGGAGAUACUCAAGGGCACUGAGGCUUCCUCUAAAAACAUAUUUGGCAGCUAUUCAUCUCAGAGGAUGAAGGACUGGCAAGAGAUUGUGUCCCUUUAUGAGUCUGAUAAUAUCUAUUUGGCGGAGGUGGCUAGCUUGCUGAGUCGCAACGUGAGCUAUGAAGGCCCGGCUCUGAGGAAGCAGCUGGCCAAAGCCCAGCAGCUGCAGCAGGAGCUGAGCAGGCGGGAAGUGGACUGCCAGAGCUCAGCCGCAGACCUGAGGGAACGCUACUAUGCUGCCUGCAAAAAGUACGGCAUCACAGGAGAACAUGUGGCUCGUGAGCUUCAGGCUCUGGUCAAAGACUUACCAGCAGUUCUUGAGGAGGUCGGGAAGGAUGCGGUGAAGUUAGAGGAGCAGAUCCGACUUUAUACUGCUUUCACAAACUUUGUAUGCGAUUGGUCUGAAGUAGUCCUGCCCAUGCUGACAUUCGCCCAGAAGAGAGGGAACACAACGUUCUACGAGUGGAGGACGGGGAAUGUGCCCACAGUUGUUGAGCGGCCAGUUGUGGAGGAAGCACCUUCUGACACAGUCACAGAGGAUAUGAUUGACUGGGGUAACUUUGACAACAGUGCGGACGCUCUGGGUGUUACUUCUGCCAUCACAGUUGAGGAUGGAACAGACUGUGGCAUCAGUCUGGAGCUGAGCUCUGAGGACACUGGUGCUGGUGGCAUUGACUGGGCUGACAGUGAAGCAGCUGCCAUUGAAAUUGUGGACGCGGGCGCAGACUGUCCUGAGGGUGUGGCAAGAGGCGAGGAUGCUUUGACUGUACUGGAGAACUCUCAGUCACGCAGCCAGUUCAUUGAUGAGCUAACAGAGCUGGAAGUGUUCUUAACCCAGCGCAUAAGUGAGAUGGGAGAGGAGGCAGACGUGGUAGCUAUGAGCCAGUUCCAGAUGGCCCCUUCUGUCAUCCAAGUACAAUCCCGUGAACAUGUCCGCCAGAUGCUGUCAGUGGUGCAGGACCUCCUGGGCCGCCUCACCUCCCUCCGGAUGCAGCACCUGUUUAUGAUCCAGGCCUCGCCACGGUAUGUUGAACGUGUGUCAGAGGUGCUGAGGCAGAAGCUGAAGCAGGCAGAAAGUCUGGUUCUGAAAGGUUCCACAAUGGUUGAGAGAAGACAGGAAGCCCUAGAGGAGCAGUCCAGACUGGAGCCUCGUGUCGACCUGCUGGCAGGACGCACCCGGGAACUCCAGAAAAUGAUUGAAGUCGACAUUUCAAAGCGAUACAACAACAGGCCUGUCAACCUAAUGGGGGUUAAUAUAUAGUGAACGUUGUGACAUUCACUAAAAACAUUUUGACAUGAGCUACUUGGAGAAAUAAAAGUGGUAUUUAAUUGUAA